UUCCAAGUCCUCCACCGCCGCCGCCGACGGCAAUGCUUCCGACCAGACUCAAUCAUCCAGCGCUAGCCUCAGUGAUGAUCUCCUGGGAGUCAGUGUUAGAAAGAUUGUUGUCAUGGUGGCCGUCUUCGUACUCUUCCUCUUCGUCCUACACUGUACCUGGGUGACCUCAAACGCCUACUCCAGUCCGUCUGUCGUUCUGGCCUCUUAUUCAGAACACGGCCAUCGCGUCAUUUUGGACGAUUUCCGGUGA